UCCUGUGCAGUAAAAAGCAGAAGCCGCAGAAAGUCAGCAGCAGUCGCAGAGACCAGCAGCAGCAGAGAUCAUCAGCAGCAGCAGCAGCAGAGAUCAGCACCAGCAGCAUCAGCAGCAGCAUCAGCAGCAGAGAGCAGCAGCAGCAGAGAUCAUCAGCAGCAGAGAUCAUCAUCAUCAGCAGCAGCAGAGAUCAUCAGCAGCAGGCAGCAGCAGCAGAGAUCAGCAGCAGUAGCAGGAGUUGCUCUUUUCAAGAGCCAAGGGACCACUCCAAAGUCAGCGAAUUGACUCGAAGGUCGCAGCGUCAGCCCCCUGAGUGUGAUGGGCAUCAUGCUCUCCGACAUCGUGCUGCUCGGUCUUGCAACGCUUCUCUCCGUGGUGGAGCAAGCAUAUUUCGUCAUCAAGGUGUACCAAGCCCGGCGCAAGUACAAAGUCAGCCCUCCUGCCAUGAACGGACCGCCUGAAUUUGAUCGAAUCUCAAGGGCACAAAUCAACAGCUUUGAAUACUACCCAAUGUUUUUAACCAUCAUGUGGACCGCCGGUGUAUUCCAACAUCAAGUCCCAGCGUUUGUAAUUGGGCUCGGAUACCUGGCAGCGCGAUACAAGUACUUCCACGGCUAUGCUGAGGCUGCUGAACUGAGGGUUGUUCCACUGCGUGUGGCUGCGCUGAUGCUGUGGAUACUGGUGGGGCUGGCUGCAAUCGGAAUCGGCAAGGUGAUGGUCUACAAAUAUGCGUACAAGGACAUUCUCCGCGUCUCCAGAUAUUUCAUGGAUAAUUAAAAUUCUGCCGUGACCCAGGCUGUAUUUUUGUUUGAUUUUGCAAGUAGCUUUUCACAGCUAUUCGCAUUCCAAGUGGUCUUUCUCUAUUAAACCACCUGUUAAGUAUUGCUUCCCUAAAGCUUUCACCGCAACAAUUGCAGGCAUCAACUUGUUAUUUUUUGCCAAAACAGUUAUGGACGAUUGUGUUGUGCUGAGCAGCAGGGAAUAGGUCUUGCCGUGACAUAUAUAGUAACCACAAUUGUAUAUUUCACUUGGUUCGUUACUGAUAUGACAGUUUCACGUUUUGAAUGUUAUAUUUUAUUACAUUCGUGUUUGGUAUGCAUUAAAUGGCAAUUCCAUGAAUGAUGGGCUGUAAAUGUACAUCUAUGAGGUCCAGUCAAAGAAGUUCAUGCAAUGAAUGUAUUACAUCCAUAAUAGUUCAGCCAUGAGUUUAUAAUGUAGGCUUCAUUCACAUAAGUCCUGUUCCACACCAGUAUAUUGCUUCCCCAUUGAUCACGUACCAAUACAUUUCAGUCAGUCCAGGGGCCCAAAUACAGAUUUUUUGUAAAAUCUGGCAGGCUGUGAAUGUUGUAGGCAAAUAUGUAAAUCCGAGUGAGGUCGCAAAUCUAAGGGUAUAGCAGCAGUUGCUAGGGAUGACGUCAUCACACCUACUGUGCUAACUAAUUGGCUGACUGGAAGAGACCCCCAUGCAACAUGGCCAUCAUGAUGUCAUUUCUCUACACUUGAGCAGGUCUUUGAUUGAGGUAAGUCCAGUAUAAUUAUGUAAUUAAUGUUUAAUAUAAUCGUUAUUAAUGCAAUUAUUAUUGUGAAUGUAUUAAAUUAGUGUUAAUUAUUGAAUUGUAUGAGGUUUAUUUUUACAAUUGACAUAGGAGUAGUCCUGACCACCCCUGGUUUAUCUCCUAACUUUUGCGGUUUCAUCAACUCCCUUUCAUGGUAUCGGAGUUAUGACAAGUGUUAGGCAAGGCAAUUUCUAAAAUCGCACAAGUCUUUCUGCACUUGGGGCCCCUGGACGUCUUCAGAUUAAAUUUCUUUAUUUUCCUAGAUGUUUUCUAAAAUGCUUUCGAUAGCUUCGGACACGUAUGCUUGGGUUGACUCAGAUCUGUGAGGCGAGUUCCCUGGAUGAAGCUACAAAUUGUUUCUUUCAAAGCGAGCGUCAUACGCUCCAUGCUGUGCUUUGGGUGUUGUAACACCCGUGCGUUUGGUAGUGCGACUUGCUCAAUCUAACAUGAAAUUGUUUUGCACGGUUGCUGUUGCCCCGCGAUAACUCACAUGGUGCCUAACUUACACUGAGAGUGUCAUCUGCUUGUGUGAAUGCCCUGCUGAAUAACGUGACUGCGUUGAGGUGGUGAAAAGAUCUCAGGAAUGUUUUAUCCAAAGGUGCAUUUGAUUUCUAAUUGUCUUUUCAAUCCCAAUGAAAUCAUCCAACAAACCUUUGAUUGGGGCUGGACAUUGAUGCCAUUUUAACGAUAGUUUUACCAAUAAGUGGACAUCCAUUGCUGCACGAGAUAGUUUACAGUGAUAAUUUUUGUAAUUCAGGUAUAACUUGGCAUUUAAAAUGCGUAAUAAGAAAAAACGCAUGGAAGCGGAGUAAAGUGUUUUAGAUGUGUGCGGAUGAAGGCCUAAGCAUUUGAAGGUUAUUUGGUUAUCCAUCGCCAUGCUGGUAAUUGCUCAGGGAACAUAGGUGGUGGAUGAGAGCUCAAUACAACAUUUGUUUUGGUGAAAUUGCCUAUGCUGACAAUGUUGCCCACAACAGCCUACAACACGUGUCUGAGCACUGACAAAACCUUGAUUACAUCGAGGUCAUUCCAGUUGAUUUGGUCAUAUCUAUUUGCCAUUUUAUACGAAGUGAAAUAUUUUUUGUAUGGUCGUUGUCUUGCACCACAUUAAUGGGAAGUAUAGUAUUAAUAGUGUGAAUCCAGGUCUUUAUUAAGUGUGAUUGCCAUGUACAAGUUUUUCAUAUUUAGAUUAAUAUUAUAAUUCAAAUUGUUUUUUUUACUUCUAAUUAACUAAUACGUGUCAUGUUUCUAAUUUAAAUGUGUACUCUGAAAUAAAUGGCUACCAAGAACUAUA